UCACAAACUUGCAUCUUACAAUUAUUCGGUCAAACAAUCAUCAAAAUGCAACUUUUCGGGAAAUACGUUGAAUCUGCACCUCUUGCUGCAGUAUGUGCUGAAGAGAUACUGUGGCAAGAAUUGGAAUCCGCAGAACGCGGCAUCUCACCCAUCAGUGAGCAUUGCCUCGAUAUUUAUAAGACGAGCUUAAAAAAUGUCCUAUAUGGCCACUACGAGGAUGACGACGAAAAAGAGCUUCUACUUAAGCACAUAAACGGCUAUAAAAACGACGUACGCACCAAAGAAUUCCUCCACAGCUCCAAAGACAGAGUGGAGACAGAAAUAAUCACACAGCUCUCCUACCUUCGCCGCUACGAAUUGGGCUCCCGUUACGGCAAUUACACAGCAAAAAUACGCUAUACCGAGAACCUGAGGUGUGAAUCGAAAGUCAAGGGACCGGAGUUUUUCAAGCAACUCACCGGCUGGCAUCAGUACUGGACCGGCAUAAACAGAGGCCUCGACGCAGAUUCAGAAGUACUAAAGGAAUGCGAACUUCAAAACACCCACGCCCCUGAUGAAGCCAUUCCUACAAUGUUAACGUUACGAAAUGCGUGUCACUUGAUGGGCUUCAACUUCCGCCAGGCAAUGAUAUCUAUUGUACUAUACGCGAAUCCGAAUAGCGCGAUGCAGAUGCCCGUAGAGGGAUUUGUCGAGAGGGGAAAUUGGGAAGGACUUAAGAGUGCUCUUCUUGGUGACCUUCGAGACUUGCCGGUGGCUAUACCGUACAACCUCCGCCACCACAUUCUCACCUUGCAAGUCGUCAUUUCAUCUAUCAUCGACCAAUAUUUCAACCGGAAUCCCGAUAUGCCAGAUGAGCCACUCUACUGGACUCCCAAAAUGGACAUACUCGAGAAAGCCCGAGAGCCAAAGAAGAACUGGGAGGAAGACGCCAAGGAAUGGAAGCAGAACAUUGAGAAUACCGCUCAGGAGCGACUUGACAACGUGAUUGGAGAGCAUAUCAACCACCGUUUUAUCUGCGAUAAGGAAACCCGCGAGAAAUACCUUGACAGACGACAAAAAGCUUGGAAGACCCUCGUUGAGGCCCAAGCCAAAUCAAAUACACCGCCAAGUCAUGAUCUGGGGUUAUUUGAGGGAGAGGAUCCAAUUGAUCCGGAGUUUUGGCUAUGA